UUUAGGAAAUCCAAUUCUCUCUCUCUCUGUAUAUAUAUAUAUAUCUCACUUUUCUUGUGAUUAGAAAGGAAACCCUAGAAAUACGUAGACAAUAUCAUUUAAAAGAUACCCGAAAAAGAAAGAGAAAGAGACAUCACAUACAUCAGUCUCUGAUCUUCCCGAAAGUAUCAAAAUUUACCAAAACCCUAAGGAUCAAGAACUAAAAAACCCUAACUUGAAUGGAUCCUUAUUCAGAAAGCUAUAGCAACAGUCCCCAAGAUUCCGGUAGCUUCUCCACCGUUGCAUCUGGCUCCUCCUCAACGUCUCCAGCAGUGGCCACCACCCCUAGCCGCUACGAGAACCAGAAACGCCGAGACUGGAACACCUUCUGCCAGUACCUGAGAAACCACCAUCCACCACUCUUUGUUUCACAAUGCAGUGGCGCAAAUGUGCUUGAAUUCCUUUGUUACCUUGACCAGUUUGGAAAGACUAAGGUUCAUAACUUGAUAUGUCCGUUUUAUGGGCACCCAACCCCGCCUGGCCCUUGCCCUUGUCCACUGCGACAAGCUUGGGGUAGUCUGGAUGCUCUGAUUGGCCGUCUUAGGGCGGCUUACGAGGAGAACGGUGGCUCUCCUGAGACGAACCCUUUUGGUGUUCGAGCCGUGAGGCUUUACCUUCGAGAGGUUCGUGAUUUGCAAUCAAAAGCAAGAGGGAUCAGCUACGAGAAGAAGAAACGAAAACGGUUGCCGACACAAGGUGAUGUUUCAUGAAGUCAACAAACACAAAUGAUGCAGAUGAUUAUUAUGUUGGAUCUUGGUAUGCAUUGAUCUUUAAUUUUCUUUUUUACUUUGUGUUCUUCCCAUGUUGAAUUAUCAAGACUGAAGAGUACUUAUCUUUUGUUGAAUUAUCAAGACUGAAGAGUACUUCUAAUUCUUGUUCUUGCUAAA